AUGAAAAUAGAAAACCACUUUCAAAACGAGUCUUUACAUGUUGCUCCUUCAGCCCCAAGUAAUUUGGAAGUUGGCGACGGCCCUUCUUUAGAUUCCGAAGGAAUGGGAGCGCUAUCUCAAAGCCAAUCAAUCGCUCCACACUUUUCGGAAAGCACUUCACACAAAUGGGAGGAUUUACUUGAUGAUCCAUCAUUGUCAGAGAUUUCUAAUUCUACGGAGGAACUAAAAAAGGGAAAAAACCCAAAACGUAAAACUGUUAUCAAGCAUAAUGAUAAAAAUACAAAGAGAGAGGUUACCAGUUUCAGCUUUCGCAAAGAAAAGUAUACCACUGCGGUAAAAAAUUGGUUAAACCAUAUGGAUACAGACACUGCCCUGAAUAGUUCAGCGACACUAAAAGAUAGCUUUUCUCCAACUCCGCGGGCAUUCGGGGAAACGGUGAAAAUUAAAAACACACAACAAUUUACUCAAUCACAACUCGCCAACAAGAACGGAGUGAUGAAAUAUGUGAAUCCGAGGGAAAUUAACACAAACGAAAAUACAACACAUAAAGUUAAUUUUAUUGCAACUGGUAAAACCCUUGCAGAACUUGAAAAUUUGCAAAAAAGAAAACAGAAAGCAUCUCCAAAACUACAACUACCCGAGGCUAUAAAUAAUUCUAAAUUCGUGGCCCCACUCAAAAGGCACUCGAUGACGCACACAUUGGCCAGCCGAGACCACGCUCAACGAGACAACUGA